AUGGGAAAUAAUAUGAAGAUGAAAUUAAAAAAUAAGCAAAAUAAUUAUUUAUUAAAAAAAAAGGAAGAUAAAAACAAUUUAAGUAAUAAUAUACCAAAAAAGAGUAAAAAGAAAAUAUAUAAAAUGUUAAAGAAAAAAAAGAAAAUUUUAAAGGAACAUAAAAUUGACAAUAAGAAUUCUUUUAUACAUAAUAAAAAUUCGAAAAAUAAGAAAGUAAUAAAUAAUAACUUAAGCAAUGAAAACACCAAGAAUGAUCUAUUGAUAAAAGAUAAAUCAAAAAAAAAAAAGUCUGUUAUAAAUUUUUUAAAUAAUGAAAACAAAUCAAAAGAAAUUAAAAACAUUAUCAAUAAAAAAAAAAACCUAAUAAAUAAAAAAUCGAUAAAAAAUAAUGAAAUUGCUAAGAGUAAUAAAAUUAAAAGGGAGCACACAAAUAAAAAUGUUUCAAAUAUAAAUGUUUUAAAUAAAGAUAGUGUAAAUAAAAUUUUUUAUAAGAUUAAAAAAUGUGAGGAUGAAUGUAACAAUGUUUGUAUAGAAAAAAAUAAACAAAAAUAUAGAAAAAAAAGAAAAAUUGAAAAAAACCCUGAAGAUAUAGUUAAUUCUUCAUUAUUUAGAUAUAUUAAUGAAUAUAUGUAUACAAAUAAAAGUGUAGUGGUAGAAAAAAAAUUAAACGAAACAAAAAAUAUUUUUAAUAUAUAUCAUUUAGGAUAUAAAAAUCAAAAAAACAAAUGGCCAAACAACCCUGUAAAUGUUAUAAUAAAUUAUAUAAGAAAAAAUUUCACAAAACAUAAUAAAAUAGGGGAUUUAGGUUGUGGUGAAGCAGAAAUAGCUAAAACUUUAAAUGAUUGGUCAAUAGAUUCUUUUGAUUUAAUUAAGUUUAAUCAAUAUGUUAUUCCUUGUAAUAUAACGCAAUUGGGAAAGCCAAAUGAUUCUUAUGAUUGUAUCAUUUUAUCACUAAGUCUUAUGAACACAGAUUGGCCAAAAAUUAUCUUUGAAUCUGUUCGAUGUUUAAAGAAAAAGGGAGUAUUAAUAAUAGCAGAAGUUGUAAGUAGAUUUAAAAAUUACAAAGCAUUUAUCAAAUUUAUGAAUAAUGUUGGAUUUAAGUUAUCAAAAAAAAUUAAUUUAGACGACUUUUUUUAUGUAUUUUUUUUUGAAAAUAAUAAAAAAGAUAAUAUUACGUAUACAAUAAAUGAAAAAAGAGUUAGAAAAGUAUCUGAAUUAUUAGCACCAUGCAUUUAUAAAAGAAGAUAG